UGAUGGUGGUGAUGAUGAAGAUGAAGAAUUUGAGUUUGCAUUUGUGACAAGUGAUUCUGAAUUUUCUUCUUCGAUUUCGGCUGAUGAAAUCUUCUACAACGGUCAGAUCAGAUCGGUUUUCCCCGUUUUAAAUAGAGAGUUAUUGAUCAGAAAUUCGGAUUCUUCGUCUAAGGCGGCUCCGAUUAGGCUUCCAUUGAGGAAACUUUUCAUGGAGAGUGAAACGACAUCGUCUUCCUCAUCGGAGAUGGAUGAUCUCGCCGGAGUUCAGGCGGAAAAGUACUGCACGUGGAGGCCAAAGUCAUCAUCGCCGCCACCGAAGGAUACGGAGGAGGGAAAGUGUAAGAAGAGCAACUCCACCGGCUCUACGAAGAGGUGCACGUUUGAAGACCUUUUGAACAGGAGUCACAGUGAUGGCGAUCAUGGUACUUUGGUCAUUUCAACUCCGAGCAAACAAAUGGAAAAUGACACAACUAAAAAAGGUGUAGAAACGCCGGUGGUUGGUGUCGGAAAAGUGAAAGUGGCGGCGAUACAAUACGGCAGAAACGGCGGUGAUCGGCGGAGGUCGUACCUACCCUAUAGGAAAGAUCUAGUGGGGCUGUUCGCGAAUGUAAAUUGGUUGAGUAGAAAUGCAUAGCCCUCCUUGGAGUAAGACAUGCUUUACACUCUAUUUAAGUGUCCCUUCGAUGCAAUUAUGCAAGGCUCGAUAUUUGACACUUCUAUACCAUAUUAUGGUCUCGAUGCCUAACCCAUUACCUUAAAAUUGACUUAAUAAUACUCCGUCCCGUCCCAUCC